GAGACAUUAUGCUGGCUAAACUGGCGAUAGCGCUGUUGCUUGUGGCAGUUUUGGAGCAAGUAGUGGGAUCGGAUAAUAUCGACAUCCAUGACAGCCCUCCGGAAAAGCCUGCGAGCCAGAAAGGACGCCUCUCCCUGCAGAACACAGCUGAGAUUCAGCACUGCUUGGUGAGCGCAGGAGACGUUGGCUGCGGUGUGUUUGAGUGCUUUGAAAAUAACUCCUGUGAGAUACGGGGGCUACAGGAAAUCUGCAUGACCUUUCUUCACAACGCUGGCAAGUUUGAUUCUCAGGGAAAAUCUUUCAUUAAGGACGCUUUAAAGUGCAUGGCCCAUGGUCUUCGCCACAAGUUCAGCUGUAUCAGCAGGAAGUGUGUGUCCAUUAAGGAGAUGGUAUUCCAGCUCCAGAGAGAAUGCUACAUCAAACACAACCUCUGCUCCGCUGCUAAGGAGAACGUUGCUGUCAUGGUGGAGAUGAUCCAUUUCCAAGACCUCUUCCCCAAGGGUCCUUACGUAGAGCUGGUGAACAUUCUGCUGAGCUGUGGAGAGGAGGUGAAGGAGGCGCUAACGCGGAGCGUCCGGCUUCAGUGUGAGCAGAAUUGGGGGGCGUUAUGUGACAGUCUGAGUCUUUGCGCCACCCUCACUCCCGCUCCUCCUGGUUCUGUGGCCGAGCAUCGCCGCCCUGCACCUGCCCAUCUCGAGCCCGAGCACCCUCGUCCCCCUCGACAAGGUGAAAAGGACAAGCCCGGUAAGGGGGGCUUCAAUACCCACCCCCGCAACCGCAGCCAGGGUCUUCGCCGUCAGAGUCCAGAGGCUGGAGUGAUGGCUGAGCAAGAGGACCCUGAGGCCACUGACAUCCGGAGGUGA